ACCAACACAACAUGUACAUGGAGCAUCCCAGUUAAUGGCAAUACAGAUUGAUGCCGCCAUAAAUCCAGGAAAUAGUGGUGGUCCAGCAAUAUUGGGAAAUAAAGUUGCUGGUGUGGCUUUCCAGAACCUAUCAGGUGAUGAGAAUAUUGGGUGCUCAUGGAUGGUAUAAAUGCAGGGUAUGAGCGUCUUGCAGAGCUACAGGGGCCACAACGAUGCUGGUUCGGGCAUAAAGAGCAGUCGCGUCAUGCAAAAAUGCUCAAGUGUAGGGCUGUCGGUCCUGUUUCUGUUAGGACAUAACUGGGUUAAGAAAGUCAAUGGACUAGAAAUUGACAAUUUGAAGCACCUGUGCGGACUUGUUGAGGACUGUAGUUCAGAGAGCUUGAGGUUUGAUUUGGAUGAUGAUAGCGUAAUUGCAUUGAAUUAUCAGUCUGCAAAAGUAGCCAUUUCUAGAAUUUUGAAACGUCACAGAAUUACUGUACGAAUGGCGACUUCUUUUCUGUUCCCUCGGCAGUCUGCUAGAAGAACACAAGCUGAUUGAUGAUGAAGUUGAGUAAAUCUGGUUACGCAAUAACCGCUUCACAUCAGCAAAUUAGGCAUUCCUCGAAUAAGGAUGCCUAUAUGAAAUUAUCGAGGCUCCUACCCAAUCGCAGAAGCAAGAAUCAUGGUAAACAUGUUUUGCCAGUUGCCAUGGUCGGUAACGUUGUGUUACGACAACCUCCGUCCCUCUUUUCUUAUCAUUAUUAUUAAAGCUGUUAGUGACCUAGCUGGGGCUUCAGGUUCUGUACUUUUAUUUAUUUCCCAAGGAGCGUGCACGUUUUCCUUGCUUAAAGGUCACGAAGGGCUUUGAAUCAUAAGAAUUAGAGUGGUUGGAUUUAUUAAUUUUGUUCAA